UCAAGCCGGGGAGCUUUCAGGCUACAGCACACCGUGACCCGGCCUACCUAAGGCACUGAUAAGGCGCCGCGGAAUUGGCCGUGCCCCUCGGUCUCUUAUCGCUACCUCCGCAGUCACUGCCAGCGACUCAAUGCACCCCGCCCAUAACCACUGUAGCACUGUUUUGACGAGAGACUCGGAGAAUGCAACGCGCCUCGAGAUGCUUCCCUUGUCCGACAUUGGCACUGACCGAGACUUGACUUUCUUGAUCUCGUCUGAGUCUUCUGGUUCAUUUAAUCUCCAGAGCGUCCCUGUAUCUAUUCUGUUGCGUGACAUUGAUCGUACCAUGGCGCCGGAUCUGCCCUCCAACGUCCAUAUCUCUAGACACCCAUGCCUAAGGGCCAAGUUAUCGCAGUUGCGUUCCAAAUCCACAAACGCCCGUGAGACAAAGGCUCUGGUCCAUGACAUCGCCCUUCUUUUGGGAACAGAAGCACUUUCGGAUCUGACUCUCGAGACCAUUGGGACUGAUGAAACACCCAUAGGAUUUGAGUACACGUAUGAGUCCAUUGAUUGCACCAAGAUUACUGUGGUUCCCAUCCUGCGAUCAGGUUUAGGAAUGGUUGAAGCCAUUCAAACUGUCCUUCCCGAACCUGUCUCCAUCCACCACCUAGGCCUGUUUCGAGAAAAGCUCUCCCUGCAGCCGGUUGAAUAUUACAACAACCUACCUCAAUCAGAGGGCUCCGUCGCGAAACUGGCCAUCAUCGUCGACCCUAUCAUCGCCACAGGCCAGACGGCCGUCGCAGCCAUUCAGUCACUAAAGGACUGGGGCGUCGAGAAGAUCGUAGUGCUCAGUGUUCUGGGCGCAGUCCCUGGCGUGACAAGAGCCGCAGAGGAGUGGCCAGAGGGCACACAGGUGUGGGUGGGUGGGGUGGACCAGGAGUUGACAGACAGAGGAAUGAUCAAGCCUGGUCUGGGAGAUAUCGGUGACCGUCUCUUCCUCACCAUUGGCAAAUAGAAUGUGAAGUCUCUCCCUAUAGUUCAGGCAUGUUGGGUAUGGCAGACGCUGGCAGGCUCAGCGGAGACAUAGAAGCGCUUGGUGACCAAACAUCGUUUCAACACUUCCUUCUUUCUUCAGCAAAUCUCCCAGCCAUCGCUUUGCACCGUCCAGCUCGGUUGCACCGAACUUCACUAGCACGAAUCCGCGCACAUUGGCGGCAGUCCAUAAGAGACCGUCUUGCUGCUCACGCUGCCUGGCCAGCUCGGCUUGCUUCGCGCCCUCUGUCCCUCCGGCUGUCUCGCUGGUUGUCCAGUUCUUGGCUCCAAUGCGCGGCUGACUGGAAAACUCGUGCAUGAGGAAGUCCCCCAGCUUCUUGAACAGUGGGCCGUAGACAAUCAACGUGCCGAAAAUGCCUAUGUUAUCAGCCUUG